AUGUCAAGAACACCAGUCACCACCGAAAACGCCCCCAAGGCACUUCCGGGAAUCUACAGCCAGGCCAUCGUGGCCAAUGGCUUCGUCUAUUGUUCGGGAUGUGUGCCCAUGGACCCCAAGACGAUGAAAUUGAUCGAUGGCGAUAUUCAAGCUCAUACUCACCAAUGUAUCAAGAACCUAGGUGCUGUCCUUGAAGCCGCCGGAUCAAGUUUGGAACAUGUCGUCGAAGUCAACGUCUUCCUGGCCAACAUGGAUGACUUUGCCAAGAUGAAUGAAGUGUAUACUACUUACUGGGGUGACGUGAAGCCUGCCAGAACAUGUGUUGCCGUCAAGACACUUCCCCUCAAUACGGAUGUUGAGAUCAAGUGUGUUGGUGUCGUGAAGAAGUGA